CACCACCACCAGCACUAGCAGCAGCAGCAGCAGCAGCAGCAGCAACGAAGCAGACCACGGGGGACGCACGUAUGCACGCACGCGGAGUAGCGAUCGUACGCGCGUGUACGCGUUGUGUGGUGUGUGCGAGAAGUGUGCUGGAAAAAUAAUUAUUUUUUUAAGACCCGUCCGGAGCCCGGUAACCCCCGGUGGAUCAUCUGGAUCAGAUCGGAACGCGCGGCGAUUCAGUUGCGGCGUGUGCGACUCCUCGUGUCCCGAUCUCCCUAUCUCUUUCUCUCUCUCUUUCUCUCUCUUUCUCUCUCUUUCUCUCUCCCACUCCCCUUCGCGAGAGAAUCCGUAUUAUCCGUUUAGCCUAGCGGGCCGGUAGUGUGUGCGCCGAAACAACUGGUUAAUAUGGCGAACAGCAUAGCACCAGACUCGUGGGAACAGCAGGCGGACACGAACGGCGACAUCGUCGGCCCCCCUACGUCGCAGGACAAGUCCAUCGAGAGCAAGUUCUCCACCCUGAAUGUCAACGCUGCGGAAUUCGUGCCUUCCUUCUGCAUCAACUCGUCGUCAUCAUCGUCGUCGUCGCAGCAGAGCAACGUCACCGCGACCGCGACCGUGGUGACCACGACGGCCGACGGCAGCCCCUGCAAUGUCGCCGCGGCCACCGCCGCGGCCACCGCCGCAGCCACAGUUGCUGCCGCCGCCUCCACCAUCUCCGCCGCCGCCGCCGCCGCUGCCGCCUCCGCCUCCACCACGAUGAUCAACACCACCGUAACCACCACCUCCGUGCCCGUCGAGAUACAUCAUGGAAAUUCUACUUCCGUCGUUCUAUCAGAUCCAAUUGGCAGUCGAGUCGAGGAACCUCCUGCUGGGGGAGGGGCUCCACCGCCGAACGUCAAUGACCAAUUAAAUACCAGUCCAGAACAUCAACCUGCAGAUUCUUGGGAAGAAGCAGCGGUUGAUGGGGAUCCUCUACUUACUCCAGAAAAUGAGGAAGCUGAUAAUGAUGAAGAUGAAGAACUGGUUGUUAAAGUACCCAAAAAGAAACCUGUUAAAGUAGCGGAAGACACUAAAAGCAAAAAGGAACAUGUUAACGUUGUUUUCAUAGGACAUGUGGACGCUGGAAAAUCAACUAUUGGAGGCCAGAUAAUGGCACUCACGGGGAUGGUUGACAAACGUACCUUAGAGAAAUACGAACGGGAGGCGAAAGAGAGAAGUCGAGAAACAUGGUACUUAAGUUGGGCACUGGACACAAAUCAGGAAGAGAGGGAAAAGGGCAAGACCGUGGAAGUAGGAAGGGCCUACUUCGAAACAGAGCGAAAGCACUUUACAAUAUUAGACGCACCCGGCCAUAAAAGCUUUGUACCGAACAUGAUUGGCGGCGCAGCGCAAGCCGAUUUGGCGGUUCUCGUUAUUUCCGCGAGGAAAGGCGAAUUCGAAACGGGCUUUGACAGAGGAGGUCAGACGAGAGAGCACGCUAUGCUCGCUAAAACCGCAGGUGUCAAACAUUUGGUUGUAUUAGUAAAUAAGAUGGACGAUCCUACGGUUGAGUGGGACGAGGGCCGAUACAAUGAAUGCAGGGAUAAGAUACUGCCAUAUCUUCGUAAAUUAGGAUUUAAUCCUGCGAAAGAUCUUACGUUCAUGCCAGUUUCUGGUCAGCUUGGUAUCGGCUUAAAGGAUCCGAUUCCCGAACAUCUCUGUAAUUGGUACAGCGGCCCACCAUUCAUACCUUUUAUCGAUUCACUACCCUCGCUUAAUCGUAAGAGCAAUGGACCUUUUAUUAUGCCGAUCGUCGACAAAUAUAAAGAUAUGGGGACAGUAGUCAUGGGCAAGGUUGAAGCGGGAGAAGCCAAAAAAGGACAGUCAUUGCUCGUUAUGCCAAAUAGGACGGCAGUAACAGUGGACCAGCUAUGGUCAGAUGACGAAGAAGUGACGUCUGUCGGACCUGGGGAAAAUGUCAAGAUUAAACUGAAAGGCAUCGAGGAGGAGGACGUCAGUCCCGGAUUUGUUCUAUGCGACAGCAACAAUCCUAUCAAGACCGGGAAGGUCUUCGACGCGCAAGUGGUGAUUCUGGAACACAAGAGCAUCAUAUGCGCGGGAUAUAGCGCAGUCAUGCACAUCCAUUGCGCCGCGGAGGAAGUCACGGUGAAGGCGUUGAUCUGUUUGGUGGACAAGAAAACGGGCGAUAAGAGCAAGACGAGGCCGAGGUUCGUCAAGCAAGAUCAGGUGGCUAUAAUGAGAAUCGAGUGCGCGGGAGUCAUAUGUCUCGAAAGAUUCAAGUUAUUCCAACAAAUGGGCCGCUUCACUCUUAGGGAUGAAAAUAAAACUAUCGCAAUUGGCAAGGUGCUGAAAGUUGUCGAGUAAAGGAAAAAAACUUGCUUAAGUGUUACAACAGAUUAAUAAUAAAAAAAAUGAUCAUUAUUUGAAUGUGACAAAUAUGUGACGAUGCAAGGUGAGCACACGAGAUAUUAAGCAAACCAAACGGGCAUGAUGAAAAUUCUGGUGAAUUAGUAAUAAUGUAACAUAACACAACUCACACCUAUGUAUCGCAGAGCUAUACAAAACAAUACGUGCGUCCACGUGCUACGACGCAACGGGUAUAACAUGGGGGGGAGGGGCGGGCGGGGAGGGGGGGAGAGUUUUGGGGAGAAGGAAAAAAUAUUUAUAGCCUGAUACAAGAGCAAAUAGAUUCGAUUAUAUAGGUAAGGAGACAUACACAAUCGAAAAAAAGAAACUCAAGAGCGUGUGUUCCUUUUAUUAGAUAAGCUGAAUGACGGCAACUUGCAUUGGAAUAAUUAUGACGAGAUCAAAUAAUUAAACCGUGUCUCCUUGAUAAUAAAACAAGAAAAAACACGAUAUUUUUAUUCUUCUGAGGUGCGACACGUGGAAAGUUGGGAAUAAGUGAUUGAUAUCGAUUGCGAAAUUAACAUUAAGGAAAUAUAUGAUUAAUAUUAUAAUUAUUAUUGAAUAAUUAUUAUUAAAGUGGUGGUAAGAGAGUUGGAAAAAGAAAUUUAUUGAAUAAAUCAACAAAAUAGUG